AUGUUCAGUAAUCUCACAUACGAUGAUAAAGUCGCAUUCUUCGACCUUCUGGACGAGUACUUUGAGUCCCGACCUCACCUUCUCGGUGGCGGUGGCGGGGGUGGAGGACACGUCACCUCUCCCGUAGCCUCCGCCUCCAGCAACAGCCGCACUCUCCCACCCAUGGCCCCGCCCAUCGCCGCCGGCCGUACCCUCCCGCCCAUGCAAUCCCCUACUUCCCCUCCCCCUCGCGCACCCUCCGCCGGCGGUGGCGGUUUUGGCUUCGGCCAACAACAGCAGUCUGGCGAGAAGCCAGAUAUGGCUACUCGUAUGAUCAUGGGCGGACUCAAGAUGGGGACGUCGGGCGCCCGGACAGGAUUAGGGAUGUUGAGCAAGAAUCAGGCGGCGAUGGAUGCGUUGGGCAAGGUCGGGGCGGCGGCUAUCGUCAACUCGGCCCAUGGGAGCUUGAACCGCGCCGGAGGACCACAGCAGCAGCAGGGGCAGGGACAGGAAGCGAGUCCGACAUCGCCAUCCGCGGGGAUGGCGGGGAUGAACAUGUCGGGUCCGCCGCCGGCGAGGGGAGGAGCCCCACCGAGACGCGCGGCGGCGCCGGUCGCAGCGGCCGAGAUGGGACAGGCGAGGGCGCUGUACGAUUAUGAUGCGUCGGAUGGUGGUGAUUUGGGAGUCAAGGAGGGGCAGGUGAUAUAUGUGUCGCAGAAGACAUCGGCAGAUUGGUGGACAUGCGAGGAUGCGAACGGAAGGAAAGGCCUGGUGCCUUCCGCAUAUCUUAAGGAAUUGUAG